GGUGAAUCUUCUAAUGGGUCAAAUGAUAGAGGAAUGAAAUCACUGGUAAAUAAAAUGACUGUGGCUUUGAAGACAAAAUCUGUUAAUGUCAGGGAAAAAGUUAUUAGUUUUAUUGAGAAUACAUCAACUCCUGUGGACCGAAUGUCUUUCAAUCUCCCCUGGCCAGACAGAUCAUGUACAGAGCGGCAUGUAAGCAGCAGUGACAGAGUAGGCAAACCUUACCGUGGUGUAAAGCCUGUUUUCAGCAUUGGAGAUGAAGAAGAAUAUGACACAGAUGAAAUUGACAGUUCUUCUAUGUCAGAUGAUGAUAGAAAAGAGGUUGUAAACAUUCAGACUUGGAUAAAUAAGCCAGAUAUCAAGCAUCAUUUUCCUUGUAAAGAAGUGAAAGAAAGUGGACACAUGUUUCCUAGUCAUCUGUUGGUUACUGCAACACAUAUGUACUGUUUGAGAGAGAUUCUUUCACGGAAAGGAUUGGCUUAUAUACAGUCUCGACAAGCACUAAAUUCUGUAGUUAAAAUUACAUCAAAAAAAAAACAUCCUGAACUAAUUACCUUCAAAUAUGGAAACAGCAGUGCUUCAGGAAUAGAAAUCCUCGCUAUUGAAAGGUAUUUGAUUCCAAAUGCAGGGGAUGCUACCAGAGCCAUAAAACAACAGAUCAUGAAAGUUUUGGAUGCUUUGGAAAGUUAAUAUAAAAGAAAAUUAUUUAAAUGACAUUAAGGAAAUCAAGAGAAACAUGAACAUAUGUUUCCUGACUGAAUACUAACCAGAGAACUUUCAUUUGCUCAUGGGGGUGCUUGAAUAGCAGGUAUAAGUGCAAAUUAUUAUAAUCAAUCUCCAGAUGGUUAAACUUUUAAAAAAUUUUUUCUUUGCAUUUUCAGUUUUAUAAAAUGAUUUAUUAAAAAGUCAGUUAUUAAAUGACUUUGAAGUAAUUGGCCUUCUGCCCUUAUGGACCAAGGGUACUGAAUGCAGUUCUGUUUUGAAGAGCUGUUGUAAGGGAACAUGCAUCACUUUCAGGUUUUAAAACAACCAUACACAUACAUAUUUGCAAUGUCUUCACUGAAAAUUAGCGAUAGAAUUAGUGAAAGAGACUUCCUUAAGUACAUUUAGUUUUACCCACUGAGCAGUUUGAGAACGUAAAAACUUAGGUUAAUAACUAGCCAACUAUUUGUGUUCUUAAAAAGAAUGAAACCUUUUUUAAUGGAUAAAGAUUCCAGCCAAUGCAAAAUACAGACCAGCUAGUGAAAUAUUGGAACAUUGAUUCCUAAGUCAUCUUUGCUCCAUUACCUAAUUAUUUGGACACUAAAGAGCAUUUAUAAGCUGUAGUAAGUAAGUAGGCAUGUUAAGAUUAAAAUGAGCAUUUUAGGGACAGAAUUGUAUCUACAAAAAUGUCAUUGGUCAUUACAAGUGGAUUAUUUGACUUAGAAUCUUUCAAAACAAGUGUUGAGCACACAUUGAUUUAUCUUCUUGAGAUGAUGGUCUGUGACCACACAGACAUCCACUUAAAUAACAGUCAGAUAAUCAAAGCUGUAUAAAUUUCAAUUGCUUUUAUAUCACAUUCUAAAAUUUUCUUUUUGAUUCUGUCUUGUCAUUAAAAGUUCCAGUGGUUUGAAACUUUUCAUUCUCUUAAUGUGACAAGACUGAAGUGAUCUGCAUUAUUUGCAGCUUUCUCUUCUUUACUGUGGCCCAUAUUGGCCACACAUGGUGAGAGAUCUAGAAAAAUCUCUGGGGCCAUGGAGAGAUUUUUAUAAAAUCUCCUUGGGAAAUAGCAAAUACAAUCUGCCAUGUUCUAAAAUGUAAUAGAUUAUCUCUAAGGGGUUGAUGGAAAUAUCUAAAUGUACCCUGUUAAUAAUAGUUAUUUUAGUUUACUUAAUGGAAAUCAAGUGAAUAAAAGACUAUAUUUCAAGAAGUUUUAUUCUGAUAUCUAAAUGAAAACAGUUUAUUUGAGUGGUUGAAGACAUUUGCAUGAAAUUGCACCUGGUGCAAUACUUGAUAUUUAUAACUUUCCUCCAACUGUUAAUAUUGCAUUUUCUCCAUUUCUUGGCACCCCCUUUAGAAAUGUCCUGAAGUCUCAUUUUUUUUGCCCAUUUCAGCCAUGGGACCUUUUUCAUAAUAUUAAUGUAAAGAUGUUUGUGUUAUUGUUUAUAAAUUACAAUUGUAAAUAAACUGGUACAGU